UUAAAAUUUUAAUUGGAGUUAACAGGAAUUGGGAAAAGGGGGAAGAGAGGGAAGAGAAGGAAGAAGGUUCUGGACUUGGAAGGGAGAAGAAGGUUAGAAUCAUCUUUACUGCACACAAAGAAGAUAUAGACGAUGGAGUUUUGUCCCACAUGCGGUAACAUGCUGCAGUUUGAAUUGCCCUAUUUGGAUCGGCAUGCAAGAUUUUUUUGUUCCGCUUGUCCAUAUGUUUGCUACGUCAACAAUAGGGUCAAGAUCAAAAGAAAGCAAAGGUUGGUGAAAAAAGAAAUAGAGCCUAUCAUCUCCCCAGAUGACAUGAAGAAUGCUCCAAAAACUGAGGCGACAUGCCCAUAUUGCGGUCAUGGCGAAGCUGCUUUCAAAGAAUUUCAGACUAGAUCUGCUGACGAGCCAGCAACUCUAUUUUAUCGUUGCUUGAAUGAUAGAUGUCAAAAACAAUGGCGCGAAGAUUGAUUUCAACCUUGUGCUAUAUAUUUUUCCUUGUCCAAGGAUGGAAAAGCUUUUGAAGUUGAUUAUAAUUGGGCUUAUAUUACAGCCAAGUGGUUUUGGAUCA